ACUACUAAUAAAAAAAUUAGCCAGGCAUGGUGGUGCAUGCCUGUGAUCCCAGCUACUCAGGAGGCUGAACUUGGAGGUCGAGUCUGCAGUGAGGCUGUGUUUGUUCCACUGCACUCCAUCCUAGGUGACAGAGCAAGACCCCCUCUCAGAAAUUAAAUAAAUAAAUAAAAAUUUUUGAAAUGGAGAACUGAGAAAAGGAACACUAAUGCAGUUGUGUUCCCAUGGAAGAUAGUCAAACAAAGCUAAACAUAGCUGGAGUAAGAGAACCAGUGGCUGCUAACAGACGUGGAACUGUGCAACUGAACUAACCCCAAGGCUUACUCCCUCCCUGGGGAGUUGAGGCCAGAAGCAUUUUCUGUAGCAUCCGUGGCAGAGCUGUGGGGCCUUUCUGGCUCAACUGGGAAGGAAGGUGACGGCUGUUGUUCUUCAAGGAAUCGCUUUCCUGCCUCCUGAAGGGAAUCACCAGGGCCUAGAUUCUGGAAAGGGAAGGGAAAGUGGAGAACACAAAAAGGAAACGUUUUCUUGUUCUCCCAUGAGAUUCAUGUGCAUGUCCCCAAGCAGAUUGCCAGAGGAAAUGAAGGUUCUUUAAAAAUAAUAAAUAAAUAAUAAAUUCUGGCCCAGCACAGUGGCUCACACUUGUAACCCAGCACUUUGGGAGGCUGAAGCAGGAGGACCACUUGAGCCCCGGAGUUAGAAACCAGCCUGGGCAACAUAGCAAGACCCUGUCUCUACAAAAAUGUUGAACAAUUAGCUGGGUGUGGUGCACACAGCUGUAGUUCCAGCUACUCAGGAGGCUGAGAUGGGAGGAUUACUUGAGCCCAGGAGUUCAAGACCAUCCUGGGCAUGAUGGUGAGACCUCGUCUCAAUUUAAAGAAAAAAAAAAAAAAUCCCUCCCAUGCCUGUAAUUCCAGCACUUUGGGAGGCUGAGGUGGGUGAAUUGUUUGAGCUCAGGAGUUCAAGACCAGUCUGGACAACAUGGCAAAAUCCUGUCUCUACAAAAAAUUAGCGAGGCGUGGUGGUGCACGCCUGUAGUCCCAGCUACUUGGGGAGCUGAGGUGGGAAGAUCAAUCGAGCCCAGGAGGUCAAGGCUGCAGUGAGCCGAGAUCAUGCCACUGCACUCCAGCCUGGGUGACCUUGUCUCAAAAAAAAACCCACCAAAAUCCCUCCCUUAAAACAGAGUUCAGUGACGGUUGUCACUCUGUGCAAAAAUGAACUUGCCCAGUGGGUUUAUAUUUACUAUCAACCAAUAUCAGGCUAUGAAUAGCAGAAAAAGGCAAGUAAGGCCAUGUAACAUUUCACUUUUUCCUGGAGCUCCAGGCUGACCCUGGUUUGGCUGGCCAGGGUGGGACUAGAGGUGAGGCUCCAAAUCAUCUGGGUACAGGCGGACCACAUAGACCAAGAAAGUGCCUUUCAAACUGCCACAUUUGUAAUCCUAGCUACUCAGGAGGCUGAGGCAGGAGGAUCCUUGAGCCCAGGAGUUCAAGACCAUCCUGGGCAACAUACUGAGACCCCAUCUUGAAUGAAUGCAUGGUGCCUUUCCCCAGACUUCCUUUGAAUUGAAAGAAAACAAGUCACUUCAUAAGUUACUUUAUGAACCAUUAAAACUGGAUACAGCCAUUUGUUGGGUGGCGUACCACCGCUUCAAAUAUCACUUAUAGGGAAUUUAGGGAAAAAUAUUUUCCCCUAAUAUCAGGAAGUUUAAAAAUAAGUAACCAGAUAAUCUGGGGCCAGGAGCAUGUAGUGGGAGAGUUAUCAGGCCCACCCAGUUCCCUGAGACAGAUGGAAAAAACUGACCCUUCUCUUCAUCAGUUCUUAUAGAUGUAAUUUCAAUAAAUGGGAAAGGAUAAUGCAAAACCCUUCCUUGUCCCUGUACACAUGGGGAAGAGUUGAACAAAAUGCUAGGGGAAUUUGGCUCUGAAGGUCCCUGAAUAGCUUGAGAGCUCUCACUGGGGACCCAUCCCUGGGAGAAUCAACUUGCAUCACCUUUGGGCAACCACCCCUGGAACCAUAACAGAAGGGGCAAGACCAAGCAAGUUCCUAUUGCCUUGAGUGAGUCCUGGAAGAAAGUGGUUACUGGGGUAACCACAGCCUGUGCCAUUCUUUACAGCCCAAAUGCCAUCCCUAGUUUUGCACCUAGAAGUUUAGCCAUUAAUUGUGUUCAUAGAUUUAGGGGUCCAUGUGCAGGUUUGUUACUUUAGGUAUAUUGUGUGAUGCUGACAUUUGGCAUAUGAAUGAUUCUGUCACCCGGGUAGUGAACAUAGUACCCAGUAGUUAGUCUUUCAACCCCAGUAGUCCCUAGUAGCUAUUAUUGCCGUCUUUAUGUCUAUAAGUAUCCACAGGUUAGCUCCCACUUGUAACAUGUGGUAUUUGGUUUUCUGUUCUUGCAUUAAUUUGCUUAGGAUAAUGGCCUCCAGCUGCAUCCAUGUCGCUGCAAAGGAUACGAUUUUAUUCUCUUUUAUGGCUGUGUGAUUUUUCCCCCCCAGCUAUUCUGGGAGCUACUCUCUUUAGGGUACCUCCGCAUAUGUAGUACGUUUUUCUCCUGUUAAUCUGUGUAUUGUCAGUUGAUUCACAGGCCACUGACCAAUUGGACCUAAAUUGGUAGAGAAGUUUUUUCUCCCAACAGUUUAUAUAAAUUUAGUUUAUUAAUUUUAACUGCUGCAUAGUGUUCCAUUUAGAAUAGGCUGGAGGUUUUUGUUUUUGAGUUUCCUAUUAUAAACCAAAAACAAAAUUCUAAUCUCCCCAACCAACUGAAUGUACACCCUCAGCCAAGGGGAUCCCAAAAAAAACCUGAAAAAGUUCAGGCCAUGACAGGAAGAGGGGUGGUUAGAAGUUCAGGCCAUGACAGGAAGAGAGGGGGAAGGUCUCAUUAUAUACCCUCCUCUCUUUGGAGUUUAGACCCAACUGACCAGCAUUAACAUUAAAACAGAGAUUUUAAGACCGACAAAACAGACUCUUUGUAGCAAUAAGAUCAAAUUCCAACCUGACUCUGAUGUAACAUCUCAUGACAGACAGCAGGCCUGGAAGGAGAUCAGAGUAUUUUAACCCAAAAUAUAUUUCUUCGACAUAUUUUGAAUGGCCCUGCAAAGCUGUCCCUUGUGGGGGAAAUUUGCAUUUUUUUAGAGAAUCUCCUUCCUCUACUAGGUUUUUCCACAGAGUUUGACACCUUUUAGGUCAGAUAAGAGACUGUCACAUCUAUUAUCUCUGAAGCUUGUUCCUUGGAGGUUUCACCUACAUGACAAAAACCUUGGCUUCCAAAACACUCCCCCCUUACCAUAACUCAAGCUGACUUCAACUCUUCACUCAGAGCUUAACUCUUUGAACCAAUUGCCAGUCAGGAAAUCUCUCAAUCCACCUGUGACCCAGAAACAGCCCCCAACUCCCACUUUGAGAAGUCCCCCUAUUUCAGGCCAAAACCAAUGUAUUCCUUCCAUGUAUUGAUUUAUGUCUUUGCCCAUAACUUCUGUCUCCCUAAACCCAAGCUGCAAUCCCACCAUCUUCGGCACAUGUUCUCAGGACCUCCUGAGGCUGCAGCAUGGGCCACGGUCCUUAACCUUGGCAAAGUAAACGUCUUAAUCAAUUGAGACCUGUCUCAGAUGCUUUUUGGUUUACACUAUCAAUGAGUGGGUUUUUAGGUUGUCUUCAAUUUUCCAUUGCAAACAAUGCUGCUGUGAACAUCCUUGAACAUGCCUCCCUGUUUACAUGUACAAAUAUAUCUUAGAAAACAGGAAUACUGUAUCAUGGGUUAUGUGCUUUUUCUUUCUUUCUUUCUUUCUUUUUUUUUAUUGUAGACACUGUCAAAUAGACUUUAGAGUACUGAUAAAUGUUUAACAACCAGUCUUCCAAAAAGAGGAAGUGGGGCUGAUUUGUAGCAUUUACCAAUUUCCAUGGUGUGAAUUCUUCCACCAUGGCCGAUUUCAAACUACUAAUGAGACAUGAAUGCACAAUCAGCUCUGUUAGCUGGUAUGAAGUGGCUCCAGCAUAGUUCUCAGAAUCUCUCAAACUCAGAAUGCAUAUAAAUAUUGGCAAAUAGCCCUCUAAAGUAGCCCAACCAAUGUAUACUUUCACAAGCAGUGUAUGAGAAUAUCUACAGUCAUGCUCCGCAUAACGAUGUUUCAGUCAAUGACAGAUGACAUGUGUGACAGUGGUCCCAUAAGAUUAUAAUGGAGCUGAAAAAUUCCCAUCACUAGUGUCAUAGCACAUUAUUUAUGUGUUUUUGGUGAUGCUGGUAUAAAUAAACUACUGCACUGCCAGUCAUAUAAAAAUAUAACACAUACAAUUAUGUGCAAUACAUAAUACUUGAUAAUAAGUGUGUUACUGGUUUAUGUACUUACUAUACUGUGCUUUUUAUCUUUUAAGUAUACUCUCUACUUAUUAAAAAAAAAAAAAAGUCCUUUCCGUGCUACCUGCAGAGGGGUCCAUACGGCGUUGUUCUGGAUUCCUAUCAUAACUUAAAGGGAAACUUUCACAAUGUCCGGAGCCCUUGAUGUCCUGCAAAUGAAGGAGGAGGAUGUCCUUAAGUUCCUUGCAGCAGGAACCCACUUAGGUGGCACCAAUCUUGACUUCCAGACGGAACAGUACAUCUAUAAAAGGAAAAGUGAUGGCAUCUAUAUCAUAAAUCUGAAGAGGACCUGGGAGAAGCUUCUGCUGGCAGCUCGUGCUAUUGUUGCCAUUGAAAACCCUGCUGAUGUCAGUGUUAUAUCCUCCAGGAAUACUGACCAGAGGGCCGUGCUGAAGUUUGCUGCUGCCACUGGAGCCACUCCAAUUGCUGGCUGCUUCACUCCUGGAACCUUCACUAACCAGAUCCAGGCAGCCUUCCGGGAGCCACGGCUUCUUGUGGUUACUGACCCCAGGGCUGACCACCAGCCUCUCACGGAGGCAUCUUAUGUUAACCUACCUACCAUUGCGCUGUGUAACACAGAUUCUCCUCUGCGCUAUGUGGACAUUGUCAUCCCAUGCAACAACAAGGGAGCUCACUCAGUGGGUUUGAUGUGGUGGAUGCUGGCUCGGGAAGUUCUGCGCAUGCAUGGCACCAUUUCCCAUGAACACCCAUGGGAGGUCAUGCCUGAUCUGUACUUCUACAGAGAUCCUGAAGAGAUUGAAAGAGAAGAGCAGGCUGCUGCUGAAAAGGCAGUGACCAAGGAGGAAUUUCAGGGUGAAUGGACUGCUCCAGCUCCUGAGUUCACUGCUACUCAGCCUGAGGUUGCAGACUGGUCUGAAGGGGUACAGGUGCCCUCUGUGCCUAUUCCCUACUGAAGACGGGAGCGCUCAGCCUGCCACGGAAGACUGGUCUGCAGCUCCCACUGCUCAGGCCACUGAAUGGGUAGGAGCAACCACUGACUGGUCUUAAGCUGUUCUUGCAUAGGCUCUUAAGCAACAUGGAAAAAUGGUUGAUGGAAAAUAAACAUCAGUUUCUAAAAAAAAAAAAAGUUAACUGUAAAACAACCUCAGGCAGGUCCUUCAGGAGGGAUUCCAGAAGAAGGCAGUGUUAUCAUAGGAGAUGACAGCUCUAUGCACGUAUUGCCCCUGGAGACCGUCCAGUGGGACAAGAUGUAGAGGUGGAAGACAGUGAUAUUGAUGAUCCCGACCCUGUGUACACCUAGGCUAAUGUGUAUUUGUAUCCUGGUUUUUGACAAAAAAAAAAAAUUAAAAAGUAAAUAAAUUUUUAAAAAUUUUAAUAGGAAAAAAGCUUACAGAAUGAGAAUAUAAAGAAAAUAUUUUUAUACAGCUGUACAGUGUGUUUGUGUUUUCAGAUAAGUGUUAUUAAAAGAGAGCCAAAAAGUUAAUUACAGUGAACUAAGGUUAAAUUUAUUGAAGAAAAUUUUUUUAAUUUAGUGUAGCAUAAGUGUAUAAAGUCUACAGUAGGGUACAGUAAUGUCCUAGGCCUUCACAUUCACUGACAUCUCACACACUGACUCACCUAGAGAAACUUCCAGUCUUGCAAGCUCCAUUCAGAUAAAUACCCUAGAUAGGUAUACCAUUUUUUAUCUUUUACACCGUAUUUUUACUGUAUCUUUUCUGUGUUUAGACAGACAAAUACCAUUGUGUUACAGUUGUCUACAGUAUUCAGUACAGCAACAUGCUGUACAGGUUUGUAGCCUAUAAACUCUACCAUAUAAGUAGGCUGUACUGUCUAGGUUUGUGUAAGUACUCUGUGAUGUUCACACAAUGAUGAAAUCGCCUAAUGAUGCACUGCUCAGGAUGUAUCCCCGUCGUUAAGCAACGAUGACUGUAUUUCCCAUUAUCCUUGUCAGUGCUUGGUAAUACCAUAAUUUUUGCCAGUAUGAUGAGUCAAAACUCAUUUUUGCAUUUUUCCCAAUCAUUAGUGAGAUUGAGCGUUUUUUUUUUUUUUUUUAUGUCUUUGCUACUUUUAUUUCCCUUUCCAUGAAAUGGUCUUUUGCCUUUUGCCUGGUUUUCUUUUCUUUCUUUCUUUUGAGACAGGGUCUCGCUCUGUCGCCCAGGCUGGAGGGCAGUGGCAUGUGAUGACAGCUCACUGCAGCCUCAACCUCAGGUGAUUCUCCCAUCCCAAGCCUCGCAAGUAGCUAGGGCUACAGGUGUGUGCCACCAUGCCCAGCUAAUUUUUUGUAACUUUUGUAGAGAUGGGGUUUCACUCUGUUGCCCAGGCUGGAGUACAGUGCCGCCAUCCCGGCUCACUGCAACCUCCACCUCCCAGGUUCAAGCGAUUCUUCUGCCUCAGCCUCCCUAGUAGCUGGAAUUACAGGCAUGUACCACCACACCCGGCUAAUUUUUUGUAUUUUUAGUAGAGAUGGGGUUUCACCAUCUUUACUAGGCUAAGCUGGUCUCGAACUCCUGACCUCAGGUGAUCUGCCUGCCCUGGCCUCCCAAAGUGCUGGGAUUAUAGGUGUGAGCCACCACGCCUGGCCCUGUUUUUCUUUUGGUAUUUUUCUGUUGAUUUGUUGCAGCCCUUGAUGUAGCCUGGAAACAAUUGUCCAUCAAGAAGUUUUCAAUCUAUUUUAGAAAGUGAAGUGGGAGGAAUAUUCCCAAAUGUUAUUGAGCACCUGCUAUAUGAAAAUACCUUUCAAGGACUGGGACUGAGAGAAAAGAGUAUACAUUGUGUACAUCAAACCCUAUUACCGAUUUAACACUGUGGUAGUGUCAGUCGAACACACACACACACACCAGUGAUAUAAAUAAAAACUAAUUACUAGGAGUAGUGAAGAAAAUAAAUUGCAUUUUGGCUCGGUCUGCCUAUUUGUCAUUUUUUUCACAAGCAUCCUAUUGGUCCUCAUCUCCGUUGGGACACUGAGGUCACCGGAUUAUUUUUCUGGAGGGAAUUCAUCAGCACUUCCUAUUCUCACUGAGGUUUCUAUGGAGUCUUCCUGUGAGGCUUAUCCCUCAUCUCCCUACCUGUCACAUUGGCCCUGAUCUCAAAAGGUGGAGUGGUUUCUCUUCCCAGGCUGUUUCUUCCUGAAAAUGACUGGCUGCCCCACCAGCGGGCUAUCCUCUGGGAUGAGUUAAGGAUGCACCAUUUUUCUGGGGUGUGGACAAUUCCCAGAAUCCCUCAAAUGCAGAUGCAGGAGGUGGCCAGUUUUUACAAAGGCAGGGCUGUGUAGGAGGAAACAUAGGUGUUAUCUUAGAUGGGAGUGAUUAUUUGCUAAAUGCAAUUUUGACUGCUUCUAAUUUGCUGCUCAGAGAUUCCGUCCUUGAACCAAACACAAAAAUUUUUAAGUUGAAAAGAUUGGAAUAGCAUCAGGUAGUAAUGCAGAUGUUAGAGAGGACAACUCUUGCAUCUUUCAAUUCCUUGGUAGUUUUGCCACCCCCAUCCCUCAUCCUUUACUGGUUUUAGUGAAUUCUGAAAGGGGACUCUGAUUCUCUGAAUGGCACCAAGAUAGAAAAUGGCUUUGGUAACAUCUUAGAGCAGUGAGUAGUUCUUAACCAGGGAUGGACAUCAGAAUCCCCCAAGGAGUAUCUACUAAACACCAGGCCUGCUGAAUCAGAGUCUGGGUGAAAGGCAGGCACAUGUAGUUAGGAAAAGCUCUGGAUAUGAUUCAGCUGUGCCUUCAUGACUAAGAGCCACUGCUCUGUUCUACUGCCAUUCUGUGAUAAGAUCAGUACAAACCUUCAGGGUAAGUGUUCAGAAACAUUUACAGCAAAUUCACAGAGUAUGUCUAUUAAAUUUAAUAAGUUUGGGCUUGUAUUUUGCAUGUAUUUUAGUUUGUUUUGUAUUUUACAAAAUUACCAGUCUGUGAUGAAUUGGAAAUGUUAAAAAUCAACCUUACAGUUUGAGAAGCACUGUUCUUGGCUUGUUUAGUUGUAUCUAAGUCAGACAGGCACAAUUAAAAAUUACCUGGUAUUAAAGUAAAUAAUUAAGGCCGGGCACAGUGGAUCACGCCUGUAAUCCCAGCGCUUUGGGAGGCUGAGGCAGACCGAUCACUUGAGGUCAGGAGUUUGAGACCAGCCUGGCCAACAUGACAAAACCCCAUCUCCACUACAAAUAAAAAAGUUAGCUGGGCAUGGUGGUGGGCGCCUGUAAUCCCAACUACUUGGGAGGUUGAGGCAGGCAAAUUGCUGGAGCCCAAGAGGCGGAGGUGCGGUGAGCCGAGAUCACGCCACUGCACUCCUGGGUGCAGUGCAAAACUCGAUCUCAAAAAUAAAUAAAUAAUAACUAAAUAAAUGAGAGGCCAUUAGACUCAGACUUCUCUAGUGCCUUAGGUUCCUUUCGAAGCAAAUCAAAACCCAACUCAAAGUGGCCUAGGAAAACAAAACUUAAGCAUAACCAGUCAAAACCUGCUAACCUCUAACUAGAAACUACCAAUCAGAAACCACCAACUAGCCUCUAACUAGGGACUUCCACUUCAACGAAUCAAAUUGUGGUUUGUGAAUUGGCAAUGUCCAAUUCAUGAAUCGCGGUCUCAAAUCUUUUUAAAAUUUUAAUGUGUCUAAGUUUAUCUAACACUGGUUUGGUAGCCUUGUGAUCCUGGCGAGUAACUCUCUAGGUAUCAGUGACCUCCUCUGGUGGGUCUUUGAGAGAAUUAGAGAUAAUGAAUGUAUCCAAAGCACCUAGCACCAUGCCUGACAUUCAUAGAAGUUAUAGAAGCCCAUCAUAAAACAGUUCCUAACAAAACUGUCUUCCAAUUAGUUGUUGAAGAACACACAGAAUCCUAGAGGUUGGUGACUGCUGCAUCAUAUUGUAACCAACCCAGAGUGCACAGGAUGACAGAUUUGUGCAGCCUCUCUAAACGGUUUAACUUGGAGUUCAGCCAUGGGGAAGGGAGCUUAGUGGCCAUGGCACUAUAGGACAAACCUCUGGUUAGCAGACCUCUCCCCAGUCGCUCCUUCCUGGCUCCUCUCUCACAUUCCCCUUUCCCUUCUCUUUCGUACCCUACUGGGCCUUCCCCCAAGGUCUCAACUGUUUUUAUUUCUUCCCUCUAGCACAAUCAUUUUCUGUUCCUGAUGGAACGAUGAGAAGGGUGGGGGAUGAAAAUUUCUGGCCACCAUGCUCUGGCCUCCUGUUCAAGCAUCUAAAAAUAAGCAGAUCAUUCAUGCUGGGCCAAAUGACCUCCGCUGGCAUACUCCUGUGCCCUUGUUGUGCUAAAAGAGAAUCUAUGUCUUCCUUUGACUUUCAUUACAAAAAGCCUCUUUCUCUAACCUUUGUCUUAUGUAGGUGCCAUUAUUAUUACUGGGAGCAGUGUUGUGUGAUAAAUACAGGUGCUUUGGAAACAGCAACUUUGGAUUGGAUUUUGACUCUGCCUCUUACUUGUGUGGCUUAGGGAAUUUUUUAUUUUUUAGAGACAGGGUCACACUCUGUCGCCCAGGCUGGAGUGCAGUGGCAUGAUCAUAGCUUAGGUGAUCCUUCUACCUCGGCCUCCUGAGUAGCUGGGACCCGCAGGCACGUGCCACCAGGCCCAGCUAAUUUUUUUUAAGUGUUUUGUAAAGAUGAGAUCUUACUAUAUUGCCCAGGCUGGUCUUGAGCUCCUGGGUGUAAAUGAUCCUCCUGCCUCAGCCUCCCAAAGUGUUGGGAUUACAGAGAUGAGUCACCAUGCCUGGCCUUAGUUAAGAGUUUUUAAUUCAAAUCAGUAUUGAAUCCCCAGUAUUUCCUGUAAACCAGAAGUUAGAUCUAGAGUCUUUAUUCAUAUUAAAAUUUUUGGCAAGAAUACGUCAUAGUUUUCUUGAACCUAAGUUCCUACACAGAUUUAACUCUAGCAACUAACAGGCUGCUUUACUUCUCCAUCUUCCCUCUGCUCACCUCCGCGGACUGAGUCAUCCUUCAGGCCUUCCUUUGGACAUCACUUUCUCAGGGAAGCUGCCCUGACUGCCCAUGUUUAGCAUGUAGGUUCAUUCCUGCCAUGGCGUCACCACAGGAGAUUGUAAUUGCCUGCCUGCCAUUUGGGGAACUUCUUGUAGCUCACCUCCCUUGCCCUGCCUUCCACUAAUCCUUCCCUCUCACCACACACGUCCCCCUGCUUUUCUAUGAGAGGUAUGCUGCCCAUCCUUCAGUCCUCACCUCACAUGGCACACCCCUAGGUCAGGUUUCCCAUGAUACAGAGCUAUACUUUCCUGUGCUUUUUUUUUUUUUUCCCAUAGCAUUUAUCACAAGUUAUUUCUGGAUUUUCUUUGUUAUGAAUAUUUGCCUUGUACUUUAGACUGUAAACUUGUUGGCCUUUGCUUAAUGCUGUAUCCCCAGCACCUAGCAUGGUGCCUGGCUCCUCAUGGCAGUUACUACAUAUUUAUUGGAUGAUAAAGGGUGCUAUUGCAUUCUUUUAUCUCCUUUAGGACAGAAACUACCUUAUUGAUGUUUGUGGCCUUGGUGUCUAGCUGGUACACCAGGCCCACCACAAGAUAUGGUUGCCCAGGUACACAAGUCCUUCAUCGUAUGAGAGAGAAAUGUAGAAAUGUAGAAAAAUAGGCCAGUAGGGAGGCCAGUAAGAAGGAAAAAUAAGUCUCUAUCAGCUGUGAACUAUUCUUGCCAAAAGCAUUUAACCAGAAUCUAAUCAAGCCUUUAGACCUAAUUUCUAGUUUACAAGAAAUGCAGGGUUAGAAGAACAUAUUUUGUAACACCAUGAAGAAGUGAUCAACCACAUCCAGAAUGUCAGACAUUCUGCAGUACGAUGUGUUUGGACAAAGGUCAUAACAAGAAAAAAGAUUCUAGCCAGGUAUAGUGGCUCACACCUGUAAUCCCAGCACUUCGGGAAGCCAAGGCAGGAGGAUCACUUGAGGCUAGGAGUUUGAGACCAGCCUGGGUAAGAUAGCAAGACCUUGUCGCUACAAAAAAAUUAAAAGUAAAUAAAUAACUUUAAAAAUUAAAAGAUUCAAAGAUGGCCGGGUGCAGUGGCUUACGCCUGUAAUCCUGGCACUUUGAGAGGCAGAUCACCUGCGGUCAAGAGUUCGAGACCAGCGUGGCCAACAUAGUGAAACACCGUCUCUACUAAAAAUAAAAGCUGGGCAUUGUGGCAGCCGCCUGUAAUCCCAGCUACUUAGGAGGCUGAGGCAGGAGAAUCGCUUGAACCUGGAAGGAGGAGGUUGCAGUGAGCUGAGAUGGAGCCACUGCACUCCAGCCUAGGUAACAGAGGAAGAUUCCAUCUCCAAAAUAAAUAAAUAAAUAAAAGAUGCAAAGAUUAUUCUAGAUUAAGAGAUUGUAGAGACACACCAUCCAAAUACAUAAUAUUAUCCUUGACUGGAUAUAGUUAGAAAAAGACAAUUACAAAAGACAUUUUGAAUACACUGGAGAAGUUGAAAUAUGGACCGUAAAUUAGAUGAUAUAAUAAUUAGAGUUAUUGUUACUUUUCUUGGAUAUGUAGAAAAUUGACCUUAUUCUUAGAAGAUGUAUAAUGAGGGGCUGGACGCGGUGGCUCGUGCCUGUAAUCCCAGCACUUUGGGAGGCUGAGGCGGGUAGAUCACCUGAGAUCGGGAGUUUGAGACCAGCCUGACCAACAUGGAGAAAACCCGUCUCUACUAAAAAUACAAAAUUAGCAGGGUGUGGUGGCACAUGCGUGUAAUCCCAGCUGAGGCAGGAGAAUCACUUGAACUCAGGAGGCGGAUGUUGUGGUGAGCUGAGAUUGCGCCAUUGCACUCCAGCCUGGGCAACAAGAGCAAAACUCCGUCUCAAAAAAAAAAAAAAAAAAAAAGUGUAUAAUGAAAUAUUUAGGUAUAAAAUGUCCUGAUGUCUGCAACUUAUUUUCAAAUGAUUCAGGAAAAAUCACAUUCAUAUAUAAAGCAAAUGGUCAAAUAUUAGCAGCUGUUGAAUCUGGGUGGAAGAUAUGCAAAGUUUUUUGACUGUUGGUUUUGGGUUUUUGGAAAUUAUUUUUGGUCAGAUUAAUUAGGUAUAAUUUACAAAGUAAAAUGUACCCAUUUAAUUGUAAAGUUUUAUGAAUUUUGACAAACACAUGCAAUUGUAUAACUACCAUCAUUAUCAACACAUAGAACAGUUUAUCAUCCCUAGAAUUCUCCCUUGCCCCUUUGUAGUCAUCCCCUCACCCUACCCCCUACCCCUUGUACCACUGAUCUAUGCAACAUUUCUAUAGUUUUGCCUUUCCCAGAAUGUCAUACAGAUGGAAGCACAUAGUAUGUUGCCUUUUAAGUCUGGCUUCUUUCACUUAUACAUUAGUUUGCUAGGGCUGCUGUAACAAAACACCACAAACUGGGUGACUUCAAACUAUAGAAAUGUAUUGUCAGCCAGGCGCGGGUGGCUCAUGCCUGUAAUCCCAGCACUUUGGGAGGCCAAGGCGGGCAGAUUACCUGAGGUCAGGAGUUUGAGACCAGCCUGGCCAACAUGACAAAACCCCGUCUCUACUAAAAACACAAAAAUUAGCUGGGCAUGGUGGUAUGCGCCUGUAAUCCUAGCUACUCGGGAGGCUGAGAAUCACUUGAACCCAGGAGGCGGAGGUUGCAAUGAGCCGAGAUGAUGCCACUGCACUCCAGCCUGGACGACAGAGCGAGACUGUAUCAAAAAAAGAAAAAGAAAAAGAAAAGAUAAAAGAAAGUAUUGUCUCAUUCUGGAUGCUGGAAGUCCAAAAUUAAGUUGUUGGAAGGACCAUGCUUUCCCAAAGGCUCCAGGAAGAAUCUGUUCCAUUCCUUUCUCUUAGCUUCUGGUGUCACCAGCAAUCUUGGCAUUUUUUACCUUGUGCCUGCGUAACUCCAAUCUCCACCUCUGUCAUUGCAUGGCAUUUUUCCUGUGUGUCUGUUUAUAAGGACAUCAGUCAUAUGGGACUAAGGGCCCACCUUAUUUGAGUAUGACCUCAUCUUAAGACAUUAUAUCUGCAGUGACCCUAUUUCCAAAUAAGAUCACAUUCUGAAGUGUUAGACAGUUAGGACUUACUAUUUUUGGGAGGACACAAUUCAACCUUUGACACUUAGCUUAAGACGUUUGAGAUUAAUCCAUGUUUUUGCAUGUGUCAGUUUAUUCUCUUUUUAUUGCUGUGUAGUAUUCCACUGUUUGGAUGUAUUGCUCUUUGUUUAUCCAUAUAUCAGCUGAAAGACAUGUAGGUUGUUUUCAAUAUUAGGCAAUUAUGAAUAAAGCCACUAUAAACAUUUGCCUGUGGAUUUUUGUGUAAACACAAAUUUUCACUUCUCUUGGGUAAAUAUUGAGCAGUGAGAUUAUGUUUAACUCUUUAAGAAACUGCUAAAUAGUUUUCCAGGAUAUUUUCAGUUCCCAGUAGCGAUAUAUGAGAGUUCUAGUUCUUCAUGUUUUCACCAACACUUGGUAUUGCUGACUUUUCUAAUGAUAGCCGUUUUAAUGCGUGUGUAGUGGUAUCAUGUAAUGGUUUUGAUUUGCAUUUCCCUAGUGACUUAUGAUGUUCAGCAUCUUUUCAUGUGCUUAUAUGCCAUUUGUUUGUCUUCUCUUUUUUUUUUUUUUUUUUUUGAGAUGGAGUCUCACUCUGUUGCCGAGGCUGGAGUGCAGUGGCGCAAACUCGGCUCACUGCAAGCUCUGCCUUCUGGGUUCACACCAUUCUCCUACCUCAGCCUCCUGAGUAGCUGGGACUACAGGCCCGUGCCACCACGCUAAUUUGAAACACUGUUUUUAGUAGAGAUGGGGUCACCCUGUUAGCCAGGAUGCUCUCAAUCUACUGACCUUGUGAUCUGCCCACCUCGGCUUCCCAAAGUGCUGGGAUUACAGGCGUGAGCCACUGCGCCUGGCCUGUAUGUCUUCUUUAGUGAAGUGUCUGUUCGGAUCUUUUGCCCAUUUUUAUUAGGUUAUCUAUGUUCUUAUUGAGUUUUGUGAAUAUUAAAAAUAUUCUCCAUAUAAGUCCUUUAUCAGAUAUGUAUUUUAGUUUUAUUUAUUUAUUUAAUUUAUUUUUUUGAAAUGGAGUCUCGCUCUGUCGCUCAGGCUGGAGUGGAAUGGUGCCGUCUCCGCUCACUGCACACUCCGCCUCCCGGUUCAAGCGAUUCUUCUGCCUCAGCCUCCCGAGUAGAUAGGAUUACAGGAGCCCGCCACCACGCCCGGCUAAGUUUUGUAUUUUUAGUAGAGACGGAGUUUCACCAUGUUGGCCAGGCUGGUCUUGAACUCCUGGUCUCUGGUGAUCCGCCCACCUUGGACUCCCAAAGUGCAGGGAUUAUAGGCGUGAGCCAGUGUGCCCAGCCAGAUAUGUAUUUUAAACAUAUUUUCUUCCAGUCCAUGGUUUGUCUUUUCCUUAACAAUCUCUUUCAAGGAGCAGAAGCUUUUAAUUUUGAUGACAUUCAAUUUAUCUUUAUGGAUAGUUUUUUUGAUGUCAUUUCAUUGUAUGUGUUUUUCAACUUUUCUCUGGGUUUGAAAUCUUGUAUAAUAAAAAGUUGAGAGAAAAAAAGGCAGAAAUAGCUAUUUUGUUUUUUUUUAAAGCAAACAAUUACUAAAAGGCAAACAAUAACAUCCUCUUUAUUUACCUUCCAAUUCUGCUCCUUUCACAGAGGCAAUCACUUUUAAACCCUUUAACUGUUUCUUCUUCAGCUCCUUAUUUAAUUAGUCUUUGAGGGUCAGGGGAGACACCUCCAGGACAUACCAGGGUUCAUGACAGGGAGCUUUGGAUCUGCCCUGGGAGUGCCCUGAGGCUAGAGUGGGCAGUGACCCAGACUCCUCAGCAAGUGGGUUGAUUCUGGCUGUGAAAUGAGCACCCAGCUCUUGUUAAAAGCAAACUCUGAGACUGCAGAAGGUCCCCUGUUGUCCUUGGCAUCUGACUUGGUGUUCCCUCAGCCAUUAACCACACUCCGAACCUCAGACAGUUGCCAGGCCUCCCUUCUUCAGCCAGACUUGGGCGGGAAGCCUGCUGAAACUGCAGAAUGUGUGGCCUGAGAGGAGCCCUCAGCAAGGCAGGUAACUGUGUCAUCUUGUUGGAUGUCAAACUCAUUCAAAAACAGAUGAACAAUGGGAAUUCCAGCCUCCAAACUGGCUUCCUCUCUGCCUGCUUCCCAGCGGUGCUGCCAUACACACCUCUCUUCUCUCUCCUGGGCAAGGAUUUGCCUAUCACUCACCACCUCUACAGUCUUUGAAGUUGUUUUAAAGGACAAUGAGAGAAUAGGACAGGCUCCCUGCAGGACGUUUUCCAGGUGGUAGCCUAGGUAGAGGAAGGCUUAAGACAUCUUUUUGACUCCUUGUCCAUUCCCUCUGGCUUCUCUUACUGCUACCUCACUCAUUCUGCCUGAAAAGGAAAAGCUGGAAACAGAUGCUAACUAAAUCUGGGUCCUAGUUUCCUGACUGAGCCUGUGUCAGAUCUCCUGGGUUGACCCUGUCAUAAAUUAGGCUCUGCAUGAGCUUUGGAACAGGCCCUUCUAGAUGGUCUUCAGAAGACCCCAACUCUGUUUUGAGUUCAACCCAACAUUAUCACUGGUCCAAUAGUGGGCCUCUUCUUGGGAGAAGGUGCCUCUCUUUAUCAGCUAGCCUUGAA